ACAAUGCAUCUUCAACAAAAAAACAAAUGUGAAGUUGUGAACCCACAAAAAUGGGUAACUGAUAACCAUACAAUUAAAGUCCCAAAAACAAAAACAAAUACAAAAUCAAAUAUACAAACAAAUUUAAAGAUCCUUCAGUGCCCUGCUUGUAUUUACAAGCAGGUUGUGGCAGAGACUAGAGACUACUACUCUCUUCACACACUCUCCAGAGCUUUUCUGUACCAUCAAAAAUUCCCUAUCUAUACUAUAAAGUGGGAACAACAAAAUAAAAAAAAAAAUUAAACAAGUUUAAUUCUUUUGGGUGACCCAAAUCAAGAAGAUUAGUGGGAAAGUUUGGAAUUUGUGAAAAGGAGAUUCUAUGUUAUGUGGGUAUUUUUUCAAAAGUUUCCUGUAUUUGUUUAAUCCCCAUUAGAGAUUGAAAGGAGGAAAUUAUAUAUUAAGUUGCUUUUUGGGGAUUGAUAAAUCCAUUUCAAAAGUUUGUGCAUACUUGAUCUGAAAAGGGGGAGAAUAUACUAGUAUUUUGAUUACAAGAAGAAAAGCAGGAUGCCUAUUUCUUUAGUAUAUGUGUCCCCAACUACAAAGGUCUACCAUGGGUUUGUUGUCUCUGAAUCAUUGGUUGGUUUUUCGAUUUACAAUAAGCGGUCGAAAAGAAUUUCUAAGAAACAAGAAAAUUGGAGUUUGAAUGUUGGAAAACAGCAAAAAAUAGGUGGGUUUUCUGUGCUUUCAAGCAUGGUAGCGAAUCCAACAGGAGACCUUGCUGUUAUGUCAUCCGAACAAAGGGUGUAUGAUGUUGUUUUGAAGCAGGCGGCUUUGGUUAAUCGAAAGUUGAGAUCACGAGAAGGGCUUGAUCUUGAUGUUGAUGUGCAGCCCGAUAUUGCUGUUCCAGGGACAUUAAGCUUGCUUGGUGAAGCUUAUGAUCGGUGUGGUGAAGUUUGCGCGGAGUAUGCAAAGACAUUUUACUUAGGAACUCAGCUUAUGACCCCUGCAAGGCGAAAGGCUAUCUGGGCGAUAUAUGUCUGGUGUAGGAGGACCGAUGAGCUUGUUGAUGGACCUAAUGCUUCACAUAUUACUCCGUCUGCUUUAGAUAGGUGGGAGGCGAGGCUAGAAGACCUUUUCAGAGGCCGUCCCUUUGAUAUGCUCGAUGCUGCGUUAUCUGACACUGUCGCUAAGUUUCCUAUUGAUAUCCAGCCAUUCAAAGACAUGAUUGAAGGCAUGAGGAUGGAUCUCAGGAAGUCCCGAUACAAGAAUUUCGACGAGUUAUACUUAUAUUGUUAUUAUGUUGCUGGAACAGUUGGAUUGAUGAGUGUUCCUGUCAUGGGUAUAGAUCCUGAAUCAAAGGCUACAACCGAGAGUGUCUACAAUGCUGCCUUAGCAUUAGGAAUCGCAAAUCAGCUGACUAACAUACUUAGAGAUGUUGGAGAAGAUGCAAGGAGAGGCCGAGUAUAUUUGCCACAAGACGAAUUGGCACAAGCAGGGCUUUCGGAUGAAGAUAUAUUCGCGGGAAAAGUUACCGAUAAAUGGAGGAACUUCAUGAAAAAACAGAUCAAACGAGCCAGGAUGUUCUUCAAUGAAGCAGAGAAAGGAGUCUCGGAACUUAGUGGAGCUAGCAGAUGGCCGGUGUGGGCGUCAUUGCUUUUGUAUCGACAGAUACUGGACGAGAUAGAAGCAAACGAUUACAAUAACUUCACAAAACGAGCUUACGUUAGCAAAGGCAAGAAACUGCUAGCGUUACCGAUAGCGUACGCAAGAUCCGUGGUUCCACCUCGAUCAACUUCAAGCCUUGCAAAGGCGUAGACGGAUCAAACGAGCUAGUAGUGGAUUACAUUGUAAAGUAUGAGAUGUGUAUAUACACUGAAAAUACAUAAUAUUCAUAUUGUUACCAAAAUGGAAAAUUCUUUAGAAGUGGUGUCAGGAAAUUUUGACAUAUUUUUGUGAACAACCAACCAAUAUCAAGCUUGUAGGAGUUCAUGUCAAAGGAUAGAAAGGGCUUCAACAACAUUUUUGGAAGGUGGGCAUACGAAGAAUGUUACUUAAUAGUAGUAUUUGUAAAGGAAAAGAUGGAAACCUUAAUUUUUUUGAUACCCUAAUUCAACAAUAUGCUCUAAAUUAAAACAAAGAACGACUUGCUCGUUCUGGGUCCGGAUUUAUAAGCAUCAAUGUCAUCGGAAUUAUGAUUUAAUUUCAUACUUUAUGUUAUUGAAAUCAGUUCUAUACAUCUUAUUUUUACGAUAUUUAAGGGAUUAGUUUGAUUUUAAAUAGCUUUAGUUGUGUAGAUUGAAAAAUUAUAAAAAGUAUUGUUAUGAAAAUAUGUAUUGAGACGAAUUAAAUAAAAUCUUAUUUGAA